GGAUGUGUGGGGUCUAUGGGGCUGGUCCCAGGGGCUCUGUGGGGCUGGGGGGCUCUGUGGGGUUUAUGGGGUCACUCUGACAGGAUCUAUGGGUCUCACCCCACACUUUGUGCCCCCCAGGAGCUGGUGCUGCCGGGCGAGGACGCGGCGCUGGCGCUGCUGCUGCGGCAGCCCAUGGUGCUGGAGCGCGGGCAGCGCUUCACGCUGCGGGACGGCGCGCGCACCAUCGGCACCGGCGUGGUGGGGGGGCUGCUGCCGCUGGGGGAGGGGGAGCGCGAGCUGCGCUGGGGGUGACCCUCCCCCACCCCGAGAUCGGC